AUGUUCGCGAAAAACAAAAACAACUAAACUGGUUAGUCAUAUAUAACUCAUAGCCAUAAAGUAAUAAUACAGUCCUGUGCCCUCUCCACGUAAUAUAAUGUAUAGUGAUAAUAUAACUUAAUAACUUUUUAAGUAUAAUAACAUGUAUAAAACGAUUCGUAUGUGUUGUGUCGCAGUACUACUGUCUACUGGGUUGAAGGUUGUUUCAUAAUUAUUUCAUACAUUCGUUCUCAUAUUCUGUGCUGACCCUGAAAAAUUCAAGCUUACAGUUUACAUCUCCAGUGAAUAAAAAAAACAUUUCUGUACUUAUUGCAAAAUUAAACAGAUCUAUGAUGGAGUCAGAAUUAAAAAAUCAGAAUGACUUAUUACAGCAAUUGAAAUCUUUACGUGCAGAAAAAGAAUUAUUAGAGAAACAUGUAUUUGUACUCAAUGAAUGUUUAUCUGUAGAGGAAUUAAAAACAAAAAUAUCUAAUCUAGAAAAGAAAAAAGAGAUGUUGGGAUCGUUGGAAAAUGUAAUUGAAAGAUUACGUGCUGAGGUAGAACCACUAAAGUAUUUGAAAUCUGUUUUGAAAACUAAAUUAGGUGAUGAAAAUAAAAUGCAAUCAAAAAACAUUGGAUCAGAAUUGUGUAUUGAUUUGGAAGAACAUACUAAGAUUGAGCCAUUAAAGUAUUUGAAAACCAAACCAGAUGUUGAAAAUAAAAUUCAAUCAAAUAACAUUUGGUCAGAGUUAUCUAUUGACCUGGAACCUAAUGUUCCUAAAUAUGAAAAAAAAAAUUGUAACAUCACUUCUAUUGAUGAUCUAGUAGAACAACCUGUUGCAUCCAAAACUUUUAUUUCUCAAAGUGUAGAAGACAUUCCUACUAAUUUAGUUAAAACUGAUUUGAGUUCAUACUCAAAGUUAAAUAAUGAACUCAUUGGAACAUUCCAAACACCAAUGCCUUGUAAAUCUAAUUCAGUGUCAACUGUUAAUGAUGGCAGUCUUGAUGAAUGUAUGCAAUUAUUGGAUCAAUAUGAUAUAGUGACUGAUCAAGAAAUAUUAAAUUACCCUACAGAAGAAAAUAAUUUGAAAAGUCAAAGUGUUGUUGAUCAAAAACCUAAUAAUAAUGGUAAUGAUAACAAAAUACAGAAUACACAGAAAGCAACAACAAGCUCUUAUUUUGAUGCGGAAGGCAUGAAUACAAAUGUGAAAGACCAAGUACCUAUUGAAAAAGAUAUAAAAUUGAAUUUAAAAAAUGCAAUUGAUCUCGGUUUUGGAACAUAUAAAGAUUGGAAUAGUAAACUUCACGAGGCUAGUACAUCUCAAUCAACUCUAAACAAACAAAGUUUAUGUUCAGAUGCCAAUGUUAAUAUUGGAGAUUUAUUACUAAAAAUACCACAAUUGUUAUUGCAACAAGGAAUUGAUUAUAUUCAAGUUGAAGAUGAGUCUAAGAAAAAUUUAAAUGUAUCCUCAAAAGAGAAUGAUAAAUGCAAUAAGAAAAAAGAUUUAAAGAAAGAAGUGAAUAAAUUCUUAGAUGAAUAUACAAAUUUAUUGCAAAAAAGUUCUCUAAAAAUAGACAACAAUAACUUAUCCUCUAAGCAAACAGAAUCAAGUCAACACGAUGAUUUACCACCUAAUGCCAGUAAUUCUGACUGUAGUAUUAAUAGCUUCAAUGAUAUGAAUUUAAAAAUUGAUAUCUUGCGUGGCAUAUACUCUCUUGGUUUUGUCAAUCCAACUGCUUUACAACAACGUAUUAUUGUGCACUGCAUAAAUGGACGAGACAUAAUUGUUUUUGCUGGACCAGGUAAUGGUAGAACAAUGAUGUUCACAAUACCAUUACUGCAACGCGUUAAAACUAAUUUAAAUGAGUGUCAAGCAUUAAUAUUAGUACCAACUCGAGACCUUGCAGUACAUAUUCAAAAGAUUAUUAUGAGUGUUGGUGACUUUUUGGGUGUUAAUGUAUGUAUUGGUGGUGAUAAUGUUCCGAGAAAACUAUCUGUUAUUCCACAUGUAAUCGUUGGUACUCCGUUUGGAGUGUCUAAUAUGAUUUCAUGUAAGUCACUGCGUACUGGAUGCAUUCAAACAGUUGUAAUUAACAAAGCUGAAAAAAUGUUGACUAAUGACUACACAAAAUCAAUUGAGGAAAUAAUGAAAAAGUUAACAAAAACCAGACAAGUCACUAUAUUGACAUCGGACAAACUAGAUCAUGUAUUAGACAUUUACAUGGAAUCUUUACGUGAUCCUCUGGUUAUUAUUAAUGACAAAGAAAAAGAUAACGAUCUACUAAAAAAUCUUCCAAAACAGUUUUAUUUAAACAUUCAAAAUGAAUGGAAAAUGAAUGCACUUUGUGAAAUCAACGAAACAUUGAAAAUACAAAGAUCUAUCAUCUUUUGCAAUACUUUGGAUAGAGCACAAAAACUAUACGAUUCCUUACAAAGAUUGGAAUAUGCAGUAUCACUUUUUCAUUUAGAAAUGAACGCACAUGAACGCGAACAAAUCCUUGAUAUGUUUUCUUCAAACAAUUUAAAAAUGCUCAUCACUACAGAUCCAAUCAAAGGAAGCCAGUUUCAGCAAGCUGCUUGGAUAAUUAAUUAUGAUUUACCAAUAAAUCCUAUUUGUUAUUUAGACAGAGUGGCAAAAUGUGCCAAAAAUAUAAAAGUGAUAAAUUUCAUCGAUGAAAAUGAAGACCAUACAAAAUCGGCAAUUGAAGCACACAACAAAAAUUAUAUGAUUCAGAUGCCUCUGAACAUGAUUGAUUUGUUACAAUAUUAAACUCAUAUGAUUAUAAUAUUAUUUUCAAUAUUAAGUAGUAUAAAAUUCAUUACUGUGAUAAAUAAAAGAAAAUACAUAUUAUUAUAUUCUACUAUUGAACUUAACUUCUAGGAAACGGGUUUUAUUAUUAUUUUCUGUUAUUAUACAAUUACUUAGAUUGCAUUUUUAUUCCUAUUUUUUUUUUUUAUGCCAAUUUAGGAAUGUUACUAUUCUUUAGUUUAUAUAUAUUUUUAUAUGAUUUUACUUUAUGUGAUUUGUUUAUGCGUAAUAUUAGAAUGUUAUUCAAGAAAUAAUUAUGUGACAAUAUUUUGAAAAUUAAAAAUUCAUAUUAUCUUUUCAUAGUUAUUAUUUAAAUUAUUUUACUGAAUUAUUAAAAAUUGUAUGUUAAUACUAUGGUAAUAGAUGUUUAUACUAAUAUUUUAAGAUAUUGAAGCUGACUUGG